AUGAUGGAUUUUGUUAACAGCUCGGUGGACGCGUACCUGGCCGAUAACGGAGUCUCGUACAACGGAUGGACGAUAGCCGCGGUCGACGACGGCGGCGACGCUACGGUAGUCGCUGCGGGCCGCGGCCUGGUCGCCACCAAGGACUACGAGCCCGGUGACGUGUUAUUCGUGGAUACGCCGCUGAUCGUGUCGCCCAGGGUGACGGGCCCGGCGAGUCCGCCGCCGGUGUGUCCGGUGUGCUACACGACCGCGACCGCGUUAGCCGGUUGUCCGGGUGGAUGCGGCUUGCCGGUUUGCGGCGGUCCGUGCGCUCGACACCCAGGACAUUCCGACGAAUGCCGGUACGUCCGUAGCAUGGGCCCGAAAACUGGUGCCGGUCGAUGGUCCGCGGGCCUUUAUAACGGUAUCGUGGCCGUCAGGGCGCUUACAGUGCUCAAGGACGGACCGUACGCGUGUUUUCUAGACGUACUCCAAAAGAAAUCGACGGACAUGCCAGUGUUUGAGGUGAGUAUACAGUAUACUUACGCCCUGUAUAUAUAUAAACAACAAGCGAAAUUAAUAUUAUGCUGCAAGAGUUAAUUAACGUGAUACUAUUUGAAACGUUCGAUUUAGGUAGAAGAAUUGAAAAAAAACAUAAAUAUGAAAUUAACCGAGGACGACGAACGAAUAAUGACUGUGGCGUGCAAAAUUAUGGACGCCAAUUGUUUCGAAACGAUAACUUAUCGCCGCGAUAAAUUAAUAAGUUUAAAAGGCCUGUAUCCCGUAGCUUCGUUCAUGAACCAUAGUUGCGUUCCAAACACUAUGCACAAUUUCGACGGAACUUUCAAAAUGACCGUGAAAGCUUCGCUGCCGAUUCACAAAGGCCAAGAAAUAACCACGACUUAUACGCACUUGAUUUGGCCGACGGCAAUAAGACAGAAUCACUUGUUGACGUCGAAACAAUUCGUUUGCACCUGCAUUAGAUGUUGCGAUCCAAAAGUGAGUUGUAAGAUAAAACAUAGGUAUCUACCUACCUACAUACUGAAAAAUGUCUGCGGCUACAACACGAUCGAGCGAAAUUUGCGCAACCGUAUAUAUUUUAAUAGCCAUAGAAAUAUAUUCACGAUUGCGCAAGAUUUUAAAUGAAACGUUGCCAUAACGUAUUAGUUAUACGACCUCGGUGUACGACAUAACAACCAGUUAAUGAAAUAAAUGAUUAUUUUUACACAUUCCAAGAUGACCAUAGUUUGAUAAUAAUUUGUUGUGGCUAAAUUGUGGUUUUCACACAGAACGCGUUUUUUAAUAUACAAUGUUGUAGUAAUAUAUUUAUUUAUACAUGGCACCAUUUCAUUUAAAAUCUUGCGCAAUCGUGUAUGUAUUUCGAUGGCUAUUAAAAUAUACACGAUUGCGCAAAUUGUGCUCAACCGUUCUUCACCGAUGUCUGCAGUAGAUACUUAGAAUAAUAAAAUGAAUACGUUUUUCUGUUUCUCCCCGGCCAAAGGAAUUCGGAACACAAUUAUCGGCAUUGAAUUGUAUAAUACAAAAUUGUGACGGUUGUAUUUUUCCAAUCAACCCGUUAGACAAGACGUCGUUUUGGCAAUGUAGCCUGUGCGCGAAAUUGGUGACCCACGUUGAAAUAAAAUCUUUUUAUAAAAAUAUCGAGUCAUUGAUGAACAGCAUAAACGUUUUCUGCCCGAAAACAUUGAGAACAAUACUAGACGCGUUUAAUAUUCGCAAGGAUGGUCCGUACGUAGUCGAUUUAAGAUUGAAAUUCAUAUGGAAAUCAAAGAAUACGAGUGAGCAUCAUUGUUGGUUUACCUCACGUUUCCUAUAUUACUAAAUAUAUUGUAUUGUAUAAUUUAAUCAUAAGUGUAUUACCAAUUUGAAUGGUUUGUAUAGGUUUAAAUCUUGAACAAUUGCUUUACAAGGAAAAGUCAUGUGUUGAAUUAUUGGACCUUAUACACAAACUCGGACUGGGUCAAUGCCGACUAUUAGGUAUGAAUCAAAAUUAAUGUAUAUUCGGUGGCGUACCCAGGGAAAGGGGCGAGGGAGGGGGUGGGGUUAGGAAUCUUCGGAUAAUAAAAUUGUAUGGGAAUUGAAUAUCGACCAUUUUACAACAAAUAUGAAUUGUUCGUACUUAUUGUAGAUUCAUUUAUUAUUAUUAUUUAUUAAUUAUGGCGAAUCUAUACGGAUUUGGACUGCAAAUCAAUUUUAGGGCAUGGGGUGUUGUAGCAACGCAGCAUCCCAAUACCUUAGCCAGUCCAAACCUUGCUCCUAUAACAAAUAAAAUAAUAAUCAUUACUCACCUGCACACAACUAAAAUAGAUACAAGUAAUAAAUCAUACUACACAAUCGUGUAGAUACCUAUCUCCCCCUCCCCCAGUGUGCACUACCUAUAGUAAAUUGUACAUUCAUAAACUUUAAAUCCACGGUGGAUUCUAACGAUAUUUUAAUUUAUUCUACAUUAAAUCUGCGCUGUUUAAUUAUAAUUAUAGUAGUUUGCAAUUAAACUGAAAAUAUGACAUUUAAUAAGCGAUUAUUUACAGCCGAUUGGCCGCUUUAAAUACGCUGAAUGAUCGAGCAAUAAAUUAAUAUUGCGAAUAUUGUUAUGAUUAUUUUUUUUUUUUGUCUAUGGAUUAUUAUAUACCAAAUUUAUAUGUUUACCAAACAUAAUAUUUUAAACAGGGAUAUUAUGGAAAUACAAUGUGCAAUGCAUAGGUAGGUAGAUAAUAGAAAUCUAAACAUCCAUGUUUAAAAACCAUUUGUUGCUAGGUAUGCUGUGAUUUCAAGUAAACCACUGGUAAACACAAAACCCACCGUUGAUCGUGGAGACCUCGGCGUUUAUUAAACGUUUAAUAUAGGUAUCUACUUGCUGAUUUUUGGACACCGGUCUGUAGGUGGUCAGAUAUAUUUUGAAAAAUAACUUCAAGAAAAAUGCUUUAGGUAUCUAUUUAGUUUCGCAACGUUCCUAUGUAAAUGCAUGGGCAAUAUAACUUGCUAAUCCUGCAGAUACACUCUGUAUUAUAAAUGUAGACAAAUUUUACUCGUAUUUUUGAUUUGCAAUAUUAUACCUAUAUAAUUUUCAAUUACUAUGUGAAUCUAUUGAAAAAUUCUGGGUACGCCGUACAUACUGCCGUGUUGUUCACCAAUUAAUUUUUUGAAUGUGUAUUCUUUUUAUUUUAUGAAAAAUAAUAUUUCAUCUUUACGUGAUAAUUUUUAUUUUUUUUUUUCUGAAGGAUUAAUAUCUCUAGAACUAUCGAAAGUAAUCGAAGAAAAAGUCAGCCGUUUCAAUUGGAAUACAAAAACAUUGAAUGUACGUAGGUAAAAUAGAGGCAUACGCAGAAAUUAUUUUAAGACAUCUUGUAUUUUAUUAUAGACAAUUUGUAUACGAAUUAAAUCCAAAUUGUUGAGUGGUUUUUGAAUGUUAGUGGAUAUGUUAGGUAUGUUCACUACGCUUCACAAUCACUUUCAAUAGGUACCGCGGUACCUACUCAUCUAAUAUGAUACCUAAUACUUAUCACUGCUAAUUUGAGUAGGUACCUACUCGGAAAUAUGUACUUAUACCAAUAUACGAUCAGUCUAAUAUAAUAGUAAUAUGAUACACCUAUAUAACCUACCUAAAUGUUAUGUUACCUUCAUUUGUCUGUAGGAAAAUAUAUAAGUACCUAUCCAUUUUUAGUAUAUUAAUAAAUUAAUUAUUCAUCAGUACCUAAACAACUUUUAUUAUGCAUAAAAACGAUUCAAAUGUAUUAGUAAGAUAGAUCACCACCAUUCUAAUUACAUUUUAAAAUAUCUUAUAGUAAUAUUUUCUAUUAUAAAUUGAAAUUAACUCUCAAGAAAUUCCAAAAAAAAAAACUUACAUACUUCGCAUGUGGGUGGGCUACCCCAAUGCAGUAGGUGAACAAUACCUAAGAAAUAUAGUAGAGUGGAAAUUUAAUGUAUAUCUGUACGCAACGAUUAACCAUUGCUAAUGAAAAACGAUUCUGAGCAGAAUUCGGUUGAUAGUGUUUCUUUACAUAUAUAUAUUCUUUAACAAUGUUUGUUUAAUACUGUACCUAUUUUCAGAAAAUUGCUUCCCUAGAGUACCAUCCCAGUCAGAUUUUUUUUAGAAAAAGUGCUAUCAUUGUUGAUCGAAGCAAAAUUGCUGAAAGAAAAAUUGUCCACAGAAAAAAAAAAAAAAAUAAAUAUCAUUGUAAAACCAAUACAUUCCUCGGUCCACUCAGAAUCUAAAAUAUUCUAUACCUUUUAAACUUCCCACCUACUACUGUAGCCAGUAGGUUAGGUUAGAUUAGGGUAAUUACACUUACUUCGUAAAAUAUGAGAACGAAGUCAUUUAGUUCUAGCACUUUUGAGUUGUGAGUUUGUGACCACCAUUAAUCAUUUCUUAAAUCUCUUUACUAAUAGAAAUACUAAUGCAAAUUAUUUAAUAUGAAAAAAGGCUCUGAGUAUUAUAUCCCCUUCAUUCUCCCAUUGACUACGACACUAGUUAGGUAUCUAACGCCCACCUAAGAUGACCAAGCCAACUACUCACCUAUUCUGCUUGGCUUGGGAAUAAUAUAGUAGAGGUACUAUAGCUACUUUUAAUAAAGUAGGUAGCGUCCCUAAUAUUUCAAUAUCCCUCACAUUACCUCUUUUUAUAAAAUUGCUUAACUUAGAUAUUUGUGUUAAAAGGACGUUAUACUCAUAUGUGUUGUCUCAGUCCAUUUAACGGACGAUAUUGCAAAGUCUUCCGUAGACUGCGAAAAACUCGCUUCAUUGCAGUUUUAGAGUGAAAUUAACUAUUAUAAUAUUAAAGAAAACAGUACUCUGGAGAACAAGACGUUGCGUUUAACCUAUAUAGUAUUCUAAUUAUUAUUCCGAGUAAAACGUCCAAUACAUCGUUUAGAAAUAAAGACUAAUUCAUCGUUUUUAAAUGAUUGUAACAUUUCAAAAAAUGAAUUUAAACAAAGAAACACAUAGUAUUUCCCUCCGGAAUAAUAUUCUAUUUUAUUUUUAUAAUAGGAGCUUUUAAUUUAAAACCAAAAUUAAGUGAGUUUUAUGCAGUCUGAGUAAGGUAUAUUUUGCUAUAUUGCUCGUUGUUGAGCUGAGACGAUAUAUGCGGGUAUAAUAACAUCCUCUUAACACAAAUAUUUAAGUUGAACAAUUUUAUAAAUUAGGUCAACUUAAAUAACAACCCGUCCCAUGCGUUCCUCUUUAAAAAAAAAAAGUAUUGGUACGUUAGAAUAUCCAAAAAAUUAGUUAAGGUAUUCAGUCUCCUCGUGUCGCUCCUCAAAUCAAGCACUGCCUAAUUGAAAAAAAAUACGCGAGUCUUUAAACUCGCAGAACUACUCUCGCGUCUCCACUGUGUAGCAUGGUAUAUAACAGUAUAUUUUUCGAUGAUAUAUCGAUAUUAGUUGAGGUUAAUUUUAACCUAUACUUAGCCACCUAUAUAUCAAAUUGGUCCCAUCAGCUAAUUAAAAACCAAGUUUUUCGUUUUUCUUUUUAGAUCUUCAACAAUCAAAUAAUUUUACUACGACAAAAAUCAACAGCUAUUUUAGAUGGAGAUGAUAAUACAAAAAUUUCAGUGGACGACAAUAAUUAA